AUGAAAUUCGCGGAGCACCUUUCGUCCCAUAUUACUCCGGAAUGGAGGAAACAGUACCUUCAAUAUGAGGCGUUCAAGGAUAUGCUGUAUGCGGCCCAGGACCAGGCCCCAUCCAUAGAAGUCACAGAUGAAGACACUGUCAAGAGAUACUACGCCAAGUUUGAGGAGAAGUUUUUUCAGAAUUGUGAGAAGGAGCUUUUGAAGAUCAACACAUUUUAUUCAGAGAAACUUGCGGAAGCCCAGAGGCGUUUUGCCACCUUGCAGAAUGAGCUGCAGUCGUCUCUGGAUGCGCAGCGUGAGAGCAAUGCGCCAGGUCUGCGGAAACGCAAGACAGUGUUCCACCUUUCCCAGGAGGAGCGCUGCAAACACCGCAACAUCAAAGACCUGCAGCUGGCCUUCUCCGAGUUCUACCUCAGCCUCAUCCUGCUGCAGAACUACCAGAAUCUGAACUUCACAGGCUUUCGUAAGAUCCUGAAGAAGCAUGAUAAGAUCCUGGAGACCCCCCGUGGGGCUGACUGGCGCGUGGCCCACGUGGAGGUGGCCCCCUUCUACACCUGUAAGAAGAUCACCCAGCUCAUUUCUGAGACUGAGGCUGUGGUGACCACAGAGCUGGAGGGAGGGGACCGUCAGAAGGCCAUGAAGAGGCUGAGAGUGCCUCCACUGGGGGCAGCACAGCCUGCUCUAGCCUGGACUACCUUCCGCGUUGGCCUAUACUGUGGGGUCUUCAUCGUCCUCUCUAUUUCCUUCAUCCUCAGUGCUGUACUCAUCCGGUAUGAGAACGUGUGGCCUCUGGUGCGUAUCUACCGUGGUGGCUUCCUGCUGAUCGAGUUCCUCUUCCUGUUGGGCAUCAACACGUACGGCUGGCGCCAGGCGGGGGUCAACCAUGUGCUCAUCUUUGAGCUGAACCCUCGCAGCAACCUCUCCCACCAGCACCUGUUUGAGAUUGCAGGGUUCCUGGGGAUGUUGUGGUGUAUGAGCAUCCUGUCCUGUCUGUACUCUGAGUACACCAUGCUGCCCAUGCAGGUCAACCCCCUCAUCCUCUAUGGCUUCAUGCUCCUCUUCCUCAUCAACCCCUUCAAGACUGGCUACUACAAGUCUCGCUUCUGGCUGCUCAAACUUCUGUUCCGUGUGUUCACGGCGCCGUUCCACCGCGUGGAGUUUGCAGACUUCUGGCUGGCCGACCAGCUCAACUCUCUGGUGAUUGUACUGAUGGACCUGGAGUAUCUCAUCUGCUUCUACAGCUUCGAGCUCAAAUGGACCGACCGCAAAGGCCUCCUGCCCAUGCUCUGUGAGGAGAGGGGGCAUUCCGAUGCAGACAUGUUCUUCUACCUGCUGAUGGUGUUCUCAGCCGUCAGCUCCCUGUACACUCUGAUCUGGGACCUGAAGAUGGACUGGGGCCUGUUUGACCGUGGAGCAGGGGAGAACACCUUCCUUAGGGAGGAGAUUGUCUACCCACAGAAAGCGUACUACUACUGUGCCAUCAUAGAGGACGUGAUCCUGCGUUUUGCCUGGAUCAUCCAGAUCUCCCUCACCACCAUGACCAACAUCCCCUCUGUGGGAGACAUCGUGGCCACCGUUCUGGCUCCUCUAGAGGUGUUCAGGCGUUUUGUCUGGAACUUCUUCCGUCUGGAGAAUGAGCACCUGAAUAAUUGUGGUGAGUUCCGUGCCGUGAGGGACAUCUCGGUGGCUCCGCUGAACGCUGACGACCAGACGCUGCUGGAGCAGAUGAUGGACCAGGAGGACGGAGUCAGGAACCGUCAGGGCAAGAAGAGCUGGAAACGCAGCUACAGCCUGUCCCUGCGGCGCCCCCUGCUGUCCUCUCAAUCAUCCAAGAAGGACACCAAGGUGUUGAUAGAGGACACGGAUGAUGAGGCCUUCAGCUGA